AGCAGACUCAGACUCAGCCAGACGGGGACAGCAACACUGUAAACAGACGAGGAGCCGUUUUAAUGAAAGAAAGCCAACAACGCUGCACCGCGGUUGAAGCCUCCAAUCAGCAAUGCCUGGGAAUCCUCCAGCUGCUCUUCAGUGCUGUUUUCUGAGAAUGGGAUCGUAGUAAACCUCUCCGGGAUUUAGAUCAACUGCUAGAAUGUUGCAGCCUGCCGCCAGAACAGGUGACAGCCUGUUGGAAACGUUACCUCAGUGGAGUAAGCGUCCGAGAUGGGGCCUCUUCCUCACCCUCUGCGUGGCCCUCCUUUGGCCUCCAGGGGCAGAGGGAUCUGCCCUGAACUGCCAUAAGACGUGCAUCUGCGCCUCAAACAUAGUGAGCUGCUCCAAGAUGAAUCUGACCACCGUCCCGACUGCUAUACCGCUCUACACCGUCGUGCUGGACCUCAGCUAUAAUGAGAUAACGCGGCUGCGAUCCGAGUGGACCCCGAUCAAGCUCCCGAAGCUCCAUAACCUCCUCCUCAGCCACAAUGGUCUCCACUUCCUGUCUUCAGAGGCAUUCGUAAAUGUGAAGUACGUGCGCUACCUGGAUCUGUCCUCCAACAACCUGCAGCAGCUGGAUGAGGUCAUCUUUGAGCCUUUGGUCAACCUGCAGGUCCUCUUGCUCUACCAUAACCAGAUUUCACAGAUUGACCGCUCAGCCUUUGUUACCAUGGGCAACCUUCAGAAGCUCUACCUUAGCCAGAACCAAAUCUCCCGCUUCCCCCUGGAGCUGGUCAAGGAAAAGACCCGCCUGGAGAAACUUAGCCUCCUGGAUGUGUCCUCCAACAAGAUCAAGAUAUUGCCCAUUGAUGAGCUCCAGGUUCUGCCUGCUUGGAUUAAAAACGGCCUCUACUUCCACAAUAACCCUCUGCUGUGUCACUGUGAUCUCUACACACUCCUAGCCCAUUGGUACAUUCGGAAACUCAACUCUGCCGUGGACUUCAAAGAUGACUACACAUGUAUUCUGCCUGGCCCGCAAAAAACAAAAGUAGGUGUGUUUGACCUCAGCGGUGACAAUAUGAACUGCAGCACAUUCACAGAGGCAGAUGAAGAGGCUUUUCUGGAGCAAACGCUCACGCUGGGUUGUGACACCAAACACAGGGACAUGUUAAAGACCUGGACGAUGCCUGGCAACGUGCAAGUGACACCUGGAAGCAACCAAACUGCCAAAGUCCUGCAAGACGGAAGUCUGCGGAUUAGUCCGGUGAAGGCCGAGGACUCUGGGACCUACACUUGCUUUGCGACGAGCGAGGGCUUCAAUGAGACCAUCUAUGUGGUGCUGAAGGUUCACAACUUCACCAUGAACGGCGGCGGAGAGACCCUGAACACAGCGUACACCACCUUGGUGGGCUGCCUGGCCAGCGUGGUGCUGGUGCUCAUGUACCUUUACCUGACGCCGUGUCGCUGUUUCUGCUGCCCCAACAAGGGUAAGACUCGGGGGGAGGACAGCAUCCACUCGUCCAUGCUCAGUGUGACGCCGACCCACGAGGACCCAGCGCUCAAGGCUGAGCUGAACAGGCACGUGGCAUUCAUAGACUCAAAGGACUUGCAGGGCCAGAACGGCAAGCUGAACCCCAAUGGGGAUGAGGACGAUGAUGACCUUGAUGCAGAGGCUGGUUCUCUUAUGAAGGGGAAGAGGAAGAAGUCAGUAGCAGAGUCCAUUAGCUCCGUCUUUUCAGACACGCCCAUGGUGGUGUGAGAUGAGAUGAGAGGAGAUGAGAUGGAUGCCGCACGACUGGAUGUAUAUGGUACAACAUGAGCCAUGUUUUAGUUACUGUAAACUGUGACUGUGAACCUGUGGGAGAAAAACGGAGGCAGGAUGUUCAUCUGUAGUUGCUGGCAGGUGCGAAUGAGGAUCACAAAGGGAGUAAAAUACAAACUGUCUUGUUGUCGACGAGGACAAUAAGCAGGACAUUUCCAGCAUUUUAAUCUGUAGCACUUAAUAUUCAUACUGUGAAGGAAUGGCAGUGUGCAUGGACAGUGGAAACUACUGAAGUCUUAUAAGAAUAACAGGAAGAUAUGUUGUUGAUAUCAGCACUCAGGAAGUGAUCGUUUAAGUUGCUUAAGUGUGGGAAAUACAUAUGAUACAAUGCACAGGCUGAAAUUAGAUAAAAAAAAUAGUUCACAUACAGUAUAUAUUGAAACCGUGGCUGGCUCAUAAUUAUAUUUAUUACGAGGACUAGAAUAGAUUGCAUCUGACAUAAACAUUAGAGCUUAGAAUCAUUUUCCCCUUCUCUAUCAACACAGGGAGACGUAGAUAGAUAGACUGUCACCAGGCUGUGAACACACGUGUUAUUAACCUAGAGAAACAGCAUGCCGUAAACCCACAUUAUAUGAGACUGAUCAGUGUGAGCGAGGAAAUGUGGAUUCAUCAAACGUUUGGUCAUUUAUAUCGAGAAAGUGGUGACAGAAAGAUUAUAUUAAGAGACCAUCGCAGGUCAUUUUCAUCCUGAUUCAUAGCCAACGCUCAGAUAUAAUCCAUCAGGCUCAUCCUUGGUCGUAUUCAUAGUCACAUGUAUAGCGAUGUAGGAGAGAGCUCCUUUUUUUCUUUGCUAUGUUGAGGGUUUAGUUUCCACGGAUGUAUGGUAUCAAAUUGUUAACCGGCUCGAGGCGGAUCACUGCGUAUGAAUGAAUUGCGUAUCAAAAAUAAUUGCCUCUUAGUUACUGCACAUCUACAGUGUAACCCAAAAGAAGCUUCUGAAGCCUUACGCGAUUUACAACAAGGAAGGCCUCCAGCAGACUCACAUUAGGCGCAGGGAAGUAUUCUGUCUUGACUGAUUAUCAACAUGUCUUAAUCCUGUAUACAGACAGGUACCAUGGUCCUUACAAGGACAAACAGGCUCCUGGUUGUUGUCCACUGAGGUGCCACUUACUGUUACCGCAGAGUAGAAUUCCAAGUUAUAUUUGUUUCUCUCUGUCGCUCUAGCAGGAAGCGAAAUACCCAGCCCCUGCUGAAAGCUGCCAGCUUUCAUUCAUUUUAUUCUUCCCUGUAUGUAAAGUGUGCACCUUAUACAAAAUCAUGAUAUAUUUUAAUGUAAUUAGCUUGAAAAACAAACAACCCAUGAACCUUCAUUACGUCAUGAAUUAUGUCGCAGAUUUAAGUGUUAAAUCUUGCAUUUUGCUGAGAUGAACGAUUCCCAGUGUCACACUGAUUAAAAGUGGAGAUGUUUUGCCCUCUGGUUGGUAGGAAAUUAUGUAUGUUGUAUUAGCAGGUAAACAUUAGAGCCUGCCACAACAAAACCUACAGGGUUCCUUCUGAAGAGCAGGCUUAUGAAUAAUAUUGACGAGGCUGCACAUUAUUUGACAGGAGAGAGCUGAUUUUACUGUUUCUAACUGCUGUCAGGAAAGCUCUUGUAACACAGGGGACUAUCCUUCAGAGGAUCCCUUCAUCUCAACAACUAUUAUUGAAUCUAUUGUGAAUUGAAUUUACCAGACACAUCAUAUGCUGUGCUUAUUUCAUUAACCAGGUUUAAAACACAGGACUGUGUCUUGACACAAACCAGAAAGAGGGAUUUCAUUAAAUUAUGUGGCGUUCGUGACAUAGUACAACAAGGCUCGGCCUGCACGAAUGCUAAUUGCAUCUUUUGAUGGGAUGUAGCUUCCCCCAUGCUUUCCAUGUCUUUGUCUCUCUGAGCAUGAGAGGAUAGGUGUGUUAUCAUGAGUCACAGCAACACAAAGCCAUUCUCUCUGGCUCCGUGUACACUGACCGCCUCAAUUCAGCCCAGAUGUGUUUGCUUUGUCUGUGUACCUCUGUCAUUACGAGGUCGCCCUUACUGAAGUUCAAAAGCAAUCAUUCAACCGGGCAAUGAAUCUGAUGCCCUUUAAGUAGUCUGUAAUUUGUUUACGAGGGAAACGCCUGGAGCUUUCCUGAACAUUUGCUCUCCCACUGAUUCAUAUGGCUCGACAGCACAGUACAGUAUAAUACAGGAAUUUGAGUUUUCCAGUUCAGAGAGUACCACAGUAUAUAUAAGAAAAAGUAGAGGUGUCAGUUAUGUAAAUCACACACAUCUUGCCUAGAAAUAUCAAUUCAGCUCUCAAAUGUUGAGAUGUACGCAUUUCUGAUUUCAAUCGGUUUUUUACGCAAAAUUGGUGAAAUAUUCACAGUUGCUGUGUGCACCGCAGCAUCUCCUGUGUGGGUGAGAAAAGGAAGUCACACUUACCAGAGAGGUGGUGUGUGAAUCAUUCCACUCUCUCACACAUAGGAAUACCAGGUGGAGAAAUAUAGAGCAGCAAAAAUACCACAAGACGCAUUUUUAAAAAAAGCCACAUUUAUAACUACUGCAGACUGGCUGCAGAAACCACCACACUGUAAGAGAUCCAGGCUCCGUGUUUUACCCUCUAGAAGUGAAAUAUGUAUAUAGUGGGAUCAAUCUAAGCCCCCUUUGGAUUUCAAGGCCAGACAAGCUAUUGAAUGUAAGUCACAGAAUCAGAAAUAGCUAAAAACUAAAAUCAUACACAGAUAUUACAGCCGUUGGAUAGCACACAUUGAACCGCCGGACCAUGGAGGAAUAGCUUGUGUUUGCCCUGCAGUAACCCAGAGUCAAACCAGUUCAAUCUGCCGUGGCUAAUGGGUGGUCUUCUUCUGUGGGACGCCACUCAAAAUACAAGUUGCAGUUAUGUACAGAGAAAAACUGUGUGAUUUUGGUAUUGGAGGUCCUAACAUAGAGGAGAAGAGUGGCUUUGUUCCCUCCAAAGCAAAUCUGCCUUCCUAUAUAUAUCUAUAUAUACAGUAUAUAUAUAUGUAUUAAGAUUCACUUUUCUGUGUUCAGUAUUGAUUAGCUGUGUACUGCUAUGUUCUACCAGUGUACUGACUGUAUUCUUGUAUAAUCCGAUGUUGUUGAUCAUUUUGCAUUUCGUCUGCCACCGUGCUACUGUUAGCUGUUUCAACAUUCAAAGUCUUGACAUAAAUGUUUAUUUUUUAAGCGGGAUGGGGUUUAGUUUUUUAUUGAAAGAGGAUUAUUUUACACUUGACUCUGCUGAAGAAUUUGGUUCAACUGAAAAUAUGUUUGAAUGUGUAUCACGAACUGCAUAGGAAGGAUUCCAGUUUUGAAAUCAUUGGGUAGUGAGUAUGUAGCCGCCAAUUCUUUUCAGUCAGUGUUUGACUUCGCUCAUAAAGCCAUAAGGAACUUAAGGAGGAAGUGCAGUGCUUUAUGAGAAUGGUGUUUUAGGAUGUUGUAGGUGGAGAGGUGAGUUCUCCAACAGAUACUUUAUAACAAUUAAAGCAACAACUUUCUAUCUGUAAGAAAAGUCAAAGAAUUCAAUAAUAAAUAAGCCAAGGAUGUAAUGAUGAAUAAUGCAAAUUGAGAUCUGUCCACCCACAGCAACGAAUUCCUGAAACACCGUGGAUUUUGAAUGGAUUUGAAGACAGAGGGUAAAUAAAUCUUCUCAGGACUAUUUUAAGUUCUAAUGUAAUACGAUGUGAAAGCAUCAUUUUAAAGGUUUUCACAUUUGCAGCAACAAUAAGAUAAAAGCUUUGGUUUUAGAGAUCUGUGCAGUUUACAGGCCCUUUGCUAUUUUCAGUAAUGGCACUUUAACUGUUCCCUUAAUGAUCAGUUAUCACAGAUUAGAAAAGGGAGUGGUCUCUCACUGCCCAACAUCUAUCUCCACUCAUCUAACUAUGUGGUAGCAGUUACGGGAACAUUGUUGAGAUGGUGGAGCUAAAAGCUCACUGCUUCUACAAUGUGCUAAUAUAAGUGUCCGCAGGACAAGAAUGGAGCUUUUAACAGCAUUAAAAGCACCGAGUUUAUUGACCACUGCUUCUAAGAUGAGCUGGUUAGUCGCUGCCAUAAAAUCUUGAAAGGUCUCGCAGCUUAGUGGAAUGGCUUUGCAUGGUACGCUUAAGAGCUUUUCUGACUGCAGGAUAGGUGCGACAUAGUAGGCAUUAGAAAUAAAGA